AACCAAAGAUAUUUUUACUGAGUGGUUCCACACAGAGUUUGUAUCAGCAGUAAGGCGAAAAAUGAAAGAGCUUAACCUUUAGUCCGGAGGCACACUCCUGAGUUUGUAUCAGCAGUAAGGCGAAAAAUGAAAGAGCUUAACCUCAGUCCGGAGGCAAUUUUUCUUUUGGAUAAUGCAACUGGACAUCCUCUUGAUUUGGCCAGCAACGAUAAUAAAAUUUCGGUACUUUUCCUUCCCCCAAAUUGCACUCCACUGAUUCAGCCGAUGGAUCAACACUUUAUACAGGCUAUAAAGUUAUUCUAUCGGAAAAAAUUGUUUGAAAAAAUCGUCGAGUCAUUGAAGGAUGUGAACUUAAGACAUGUUGUUUUCUCAUUAGACGAAGCCUGGAACCAUGUGGGCACUGACUUAAUUACCAAGUCAUGGAGUAAAAUAAUAUUACCAACCGAUAUACCCCAAGGAAAUGUUUAUGACAGUGAUGAAGAAGACAUUCCACUAGCUAGGUUAACAAGACGAAUCGCAGAGCCAGAACCUAAAGAAAUUGAAAAUAAACUGGAAGAAAUCAUGGAUUUGGGUAAGAAACUGGAUGAGAACUUAACAAAUGAAGAAAUCGAAGAGUGGUUAGGGCAUGAUAAAGCAAUCAGUGAUAACCUAACUAAAGCUGAUAUAAUUCAGGAGAUCGAAGACUCUGGAUCUGACAGUGAUUUGGACGAUGAUUCAGUGGAUAUGCCUAGGUCUUUUUACCUGGAUCGCCGUUUGGAUGCACCAGGCGUUGGUGUUUCCUGAAUGAGAUCCGGACCUCCAGCAGUUCGAU